AUGUACUCCCUCGUCUUCCUUUUCUCAAUUGCUGGCCUGGUUAGGGCUAUCUCGGGCUCUGCUCAUACAGGUCCAACAGCACGUGUAGAGAAUGGAUUGAUCAUAGGAACGACGACUAGCCUGCCAGCUGCAAGUGCGACGGUCAACAAGUUCUUGGGCAUACCGUUCGCUCAAUCACCACCUGAGCGGUUCUCCCCUCCACGAGCAGCACCUCACAUGUCUACCAUCAACGCUACAACUUGGAAACCGGCAUGUAUUCAACAGUUUACAUAUCCUCUGGCUUCUCAACAAUUUACUGAACUAGUAUUCAACAACCCUCCGCCUCAGGAAUCUGAAGAUUGUCUGUACCUGAACGUGUAUGCACCUGCUACACAAAGCGACAACAGUAAGGGACUGGCCGUUAUGUUCUGGAUCUAUGGUGGGUCUCUCGAGUUCGGUAAUGCCGGACAGCCCGCAUAUGAUGGAAGUCAUUUUGCCGCAUUCGAAAAUGUGAUUGUUGUUUCUACAAACUACAGAACAAACGUAUUCGGAUUCCCAAGCUCUCCAGAGUUGCCUCUUUCAGGACAUAACCUCGGCUUCCUAGAUCAGCGAUUUGCUUUGGAAUGGGUACAACGCAACAUCCACGCAUUUGGAGGAGACCCCUCUAAAGUUACGAUCUUUGGAGAGUCGGCUGGAGCAUUUUCAGUAGAUGCACUACUCACUAGUUUUCCAAAGGGUUCGAAUCCGCCAUUCCGUGGUGCUAUACUCCAGAGCGGUCAGUACAGCUACAGACCUACGCCACGGACUAGCAACAUUCCUGCAUGGUACAAUCUUACUGCCGAGCUCGGCUGUCCAGGCAACUUUGGCAGUAACCUGAGUUGUGUCAGAGCGGCAAGUGCGACUGACAUCCAACGUGUCAUCGAUGUUAACAGUCUUACGUUCAGUCCCGUUGCGGACAAUAUCACUCUUGUCUCUAAUCCUGCUCAAAGACGUGUAUUGGGAGAGACUGCCAAUAUUCCUGUUAUGGGCGCUCUCUGGGCCAACGCAUCUGCUGCAAGUGGCAUCCCUACCUGGCGAUAUUACUUCAACGCCUCAUUCGCAAACACGCAACAAUAUCCAGGUCUAGGCGUCUAUCACUCCUCAGAGAUCCCUAUCGUGUUUUCUACAUACCCCGCUUCCAAUGUCACAACUCAGGAGUAUGCUUUGAGUCGCUUUAUGCGUAGUGCUUGGGCUACUUUUGCAAAGAAUCCAGCCAACGGACCAGGGUGGAAUGCUGUAGGCACUGGUAUUGGAGGUGCUGUUCUUUCUACAUCAUCUGAUGGCUUGUUUGGUGGGAUUCUGAUGGGUUCGAAUGGAACUGUACAGCAAGGAGAUUGGGAUCUUGGCGUUUUGGGGGAUGUUGGAAGUGUGAGAGGAAGUGGUGUCACUGUGUUGCCGCAGAGCACUGUUGAUGGUAGAUGUGGUUUGUUCGUUCCCGUCUAUGAGGCCAUCUUGCAGGGAUCAUAG